AUGAGCCGCAGCGCCGGCCCAGCCCAGGCCUGGGGGCAGCGCGGGCAGCCCCGCACCCCGCACGGCCCGGGCCGGCGGCGCGGCCUGAGCCUGCUCUCCCCGCAGCUCCAGGAGGCCUUCUCCAGGGGCGAGCUGAAGCCGGGGCUCAACGUGGUGCUGGAGGAGCGGCCGAAGCGACGCAACGACACGAACGGUCUGAAGCAGUGCCUGGCCGAAUUCAGAAAGCAGCUGGCUUGGAUAGAAAGGCUGGAUGUGACGUUGGGCCUGGCCGUGGACUCCGUUUCCCAGAGUGCUUCUGACAAGGAUGCUGUUGACGCUGAGAACGAUUUCCAGAGAGAAAUGAGCUUCUACAGGCAGGCUCAGGCUGCUGUCCUGGACGCCCUCCCCAAGCUGCGCAAGCUGAACGUUCCUACUCGAAGGCCAGAUGAUUACUUUGCAGAGAUGGCCAAAUCAGACCAACAGAUGCAGAAGAUUCGACAGAAGCUCAAGAGUAAACAGGAAGCAAUGGAGAGGUCUGAGAAGGCAAAACAGCUCCGUGCAAUGAGAAAAUAUGGCAAGAAGGUGCAAACUGAGAUUCUGCAGAGGAGACAAAAGGAGAAAAAAAAUAUGUUGAAUGCAGUCAAGAAAUACCAGAAAGGUCUCUCUGACAAGCUGGACUUUUUAGAUGAAGAACAGACAACAUCCCAGGGGAAUAAAAAAGGCAGUGCAAGUCAACGGAUAAAGAAGGGACCAAAUGCCAAAAGACGAUACAAGAAUCAGAAGUUUGGUUUUGGUGGAAAGAAGAAGGGCUCAAAGUGGAACACAAAGGAGAGUUUUAAUGAUGUAUCCAGCUUCCGGUCGAAAGUGGCUCACAACAAAGGCCCAGGAAAAGGAGGAAAAAAAGCCCUCAAUAAGAGACCUGGAAAGAGAGCAAGGCAGAAAAUGAAGAACCGAGCACGCUAAGAGGACUGUGCUCCCCAGUGGGGCUCUUAUGUCUCUGUGUUCCAAGAUAUGUUUCUGCACAUCUUUCUGUGGAGCAAGCUGGAUGCAUCCAAGUGGCAAGAAAAAAAAAGUCAGUGGAAACUAGUGCCUUAUCACUAAUUUCUUCUUGCUUUCUGUUUUGUUGAAAGGUUGUUUUCUACUGAAACCUUUGGUGUGUGAAUGCAUUAAAUGGUUUGCAGAGAACUGUGUCUAAUUCAUGUUUAGUUGUGUUAUGAAUGGUGGCUGAAGCCUGCCCUUUGUUCCCUUUAUACUGACAGCUUUUUCCACAGCUACUGUUGACAUGUAUGUGGUGAACUUGAGUUCUGGGUCAUCUUGCUGGUGUUAGAAUAAAAAUUCUGAAGC